GCUCGUAAAUCCACCGGUGGCAAAGCCCCGAGGAAGCAGCUCGCUACAAAAGCCGCCCGGAAGAGCGCCCCAGCCACCGGCGGCGUCAAGAAGCCCCAUCGUUACAGGCCCGGGACCGUGGCUCUCCGAGAGAUCCGCCGCUAUCAGAAGUCCACCGAGCUGCUGAUCCGCAAACUGCCUUUCCAGCGUCUGGUCCGAGAAAUCGCUCAGGAUUUCAAGACGGAUCUGCGCUUCCAGAGCUCCGCUGUCAUGGCCCUGCAGGAGGCCAGCGAGGCUUAUUUGGUCGGUCUGUUUGAGGACACCAAUCUGUGCGCCAUCCACGCCAAGAGAGUCACCAUCAUGCCCAAAGACAUCCAGCUGGCCCGCCGCAUCCGCGGAGAGCGCGCUUAAACCCGCCGCAUUACACCCAAAGGCUCUUUUAAGAGCCACCACAAUCACACUGAACGAGAGAAUAUCCACUAUAUCGCUUAAUAUUACGAAUUCAAUUAAAAUUACUCCUAAAAUGCUUACGAAUAUAAUAGUCAAGUGCAACUAUAUAAGGGUCAUUCUACAGAAUUGGUGGAAACUGCUGUCCCACAAUCAACAAACACAUUUAAAAUGCAUUUAAGU